GGCGCCGUACGGAGAAUGGCGGCGCCGUACGGAAAAUGGCGGCGCCCUGCGGGGCGGCGCCGCCGGGCACUUCCGGGGUGGAGCCGCUUCCGGCGGGCGGCGGGACUUCCGGCCGCGGCCAUGGCGGCGCGCAGGAUCAUGCGGAUCGCGGCGCUCCGGGCCCGGACGCAGAGCGCCCCGCCCCGCCCCCACGUGCGCCUGGGCCAAUGGAGAGUCGAGCAGGGCUUGGCCCCCAGCACGGCCGGUUACGGGCCCCUGCGCGACCUGCCGGACUGGUCCUUCGUUGAUGGCCGCCCGGCCCCGCUGUGGAAGGGACAAAUUCGGCGGCGGCAGGAGAACGAGGCGUUCGCGCGGCGGGCAGUGCAGCUGGGCCGAGCCCUGGAAGCGGCAGCGCAGCCCCGGCCCCCCCCGGCGGCCCCCGCCCCCUCCCUGCGCCCCAAGGGCUCCCCAGCGCCGCCCAGUCAGGACCAGUAAGAACCAGUAAGGACCAGUGAGGAGCCCGGACGCCUGGGUCCCGCGCGGCACCAGGAGAGCGACGCCACCCGGACGCCUGGGCCCGCUGCAGACGGAGCCGGGGGGGGGGGGGGGGGGGGGGCUGCCCGGACGCCUGGGCCCCCCCUCCAGGGUCCCCCCCCCCCGCAAUAAAGAGCCAUGUUUGACCCCCCCA